CAAUGGUGUAUUUGUGUAUGUGUGUGUAGCUUGCUCGUUCGUUUGGUUGACAAUCGCGAUGUGAUGUAUCCUACAUCAUCGCAUGCUGAGUUAUCUUUUCAAGAAAUAUUUAUAAUUUUUCAAUUAGUUAAGCGAUUCAUUUCUAAAUGUUUUCUUUCGUUGUGAUAUCUUUUCUCUGUUUUGAUUUCUAAAUAUGUGUAACUUGCCGCCGAAGUUCCAUUCAGUGUGUCGCCUUUGUUUAUCAUUCUGUGGCGAUAAUUGCAGUGAUGUUAAACUUCCAAUAUUCGACCGUGAUAAGGAUAAAUCACAGCUUUCCGAGAUGAUAAUGACAUAUUUGUCAAUAGUGGUAUCUCCAGAAGACAUGCUGCCACAGGUAGUAUGUGGAAGUUGUGCGAACAAACUAGAUGAGUUUCAUACAUUUAGAGAACUAUCACACAAAUCUGAAAGAUUAUUAGAACAAUUUCUUCAGUAUGCAAAUUCCUUAUCAGGUCCAAAGGAGGAAGUCCUCAGUAUAACGGCCGACAAACUGGAAGAAAUAAUUAAACCAUUGAACGAUAAUGAUUACGAUCACGCAACAAAGAACAAAUACGCCGAAAUCGGGUCGCCGGAUUCGACAGAGGAGAUGAAAAACUUGGAGAGUCGGCAGGCGGCGGUUACACUUCUACAAAUCAAAAAUUAUGACCCAACAAAAUAUGUCGUCAAACCCGAGGAGAGUCCGAACAUAAUGUUCAAAACUGUAAGUUUACCGCCUUCAGAUAGAGCGAGAGAAGUGAUGCACUGUAAUACAGUCAUCGAUAUAAUAAGCAAGGCUGUAGCGGUCGCUCAGCGUGAGAACGAGGAAUCUCAUAGCUAUCCGUCAAACUACGCGAGCGUCAUUGACAAGACGCACGUGCCUUGCGCCGCGGACUACAAGCAGGAGUACGUCGACGAGCCGUACACACACAACGCGCCGCAGAGCGUCACCAGCCUGGGAAGCAACGAUGAGCACAACAAGGAAAUGGACCUGUCCCUCUACAGCUCGGCCAAGAGCGAGUACUUGGAUCCCAACGAGCAGGAGCGCGAGGCCAACGCGUAUGUACACAGAACGAUUGCGAGCAACAAAAUGUCAAGUUUCGCGGACGAGUACAAGCAGCACGUGUACGCGAGGGCGUGCGUGAGAGCGAAACCGGCGAAGGAGAACUCCUCUGUGUACGAGGAGUGCAGUCAGAGCAGCAGCGGCUCCGACCCGGACAGGCUACAGAUGGAUAUAUCGGAGGUGUCGCAGGACGAUCCCGAGGAGACUCAAUCGGUGCCGUCAGCGCAAUCGUCGCCCAAACCGCCGCAUGACAGUGAAACGGAAAAGGAAUCGUUAUGGCACGCGUUACAUAAACAAAACGCGUGCACGAACUGCGGCACGCACACCACGACGAUCUGGCGGCGCGACGCGCGCGGCGAGAUGGUGUGCAACGCGUGCGGCCUGUACUACAAGCUGCACGGCGUGCCGCGCCCCACGGCCAUGCGCCGCGACACCAUACACACGCGCCGCCGCCGCCCGCGCCACGAGGUCAAGUCGGCCAGGUCCAGGCGGCGGGGUGGCUGCGGCGGUGCGGCGGACGGCGGGGAGGGCGGUGAGGUGGGGGGCGCGGGCGGCGCGGUGGGCGCGGCGGCGGGGGGCGCGGCGGCGGGCGCGGGGGGCGAGGGCGCGGAGGAGGCGGUGCUGAGCGCGCUGCGCCGCCAGUUGCAGCCGCACCUAUUGGCCGCGCUGCACGCGCACACCGCGCACCGGACGCAGAUGGGCCGCGGUAUGCCGGACUACGACGAAGCGCCUCUGAACCUCGUGGCGAGUCACGUGGCCGCGGAAGAAACGCAUUGACCUUACACGAUAUCCAAGUAUACUUAACGUAUUCCAUUUUCGAACAACACUCACACAUGCACCCGUGUACAAACGGCCAGUUACUCAUACCAUAGACAAACGAUGAUUUUUAGUUUAUAUUUGGAAUAUUUUUAAACAGCCGCGUUGUGACAGGUGACAUUUAUCUUCUUAACAUUAGUUUUGGUUACUGAGAAAUUACACCUUUUUACUUUUCGUUUCAAUAGUACUAUACUAAUGACGCUCUUUGAAAAUAGUCCAAAAAUAAUCUAGACCCAUAAUUAUUCUAGAAGAUCUGAUGUUGAAUCUUUUUUUAUUUGAACAAGUUUUUAUAUGGAAGAGUAUAUAUUUUUAUGAAAUGUAAAUGUUCCCAUUCGUUUUAUACCAGUAGUGAUUUAAGGCCAGUGUCUCAAGACAAUAUAAUAAAAAUAUUAAUUUCACAUAUAUUAGUGUCAGGUAAGUACUUAAAUUUGAAGCUUCAAUUAUCAAAUCAAAGCAAUCACUACUGUGGUAAAAGUAAAUUAAAUAUUUUUGUACAUAAAUAUAAAAAUAUGUUAUAUUUUAACAAUAACAAAUUUAUAAACAAUAUAAUUCAAAUUUAAGUACUUAAGUGAAUUUUCCGGACAGCUAAAAAAUCUCAAAACGCGGAGAUUUUUUUUUAAUUGUAUAAAAAAGUAUUACAUAUAAGCAGGGCAUUAUUUUUUAUUAAAGACGUAGGAGUAAAGGCGUUGUUCGUGUGCCUAAGAUUAGUAGGCGAAAUUAUUGAAGAAAAUGUUCAAGUGAUUGAAAGCUAUAUGGCGUUUGAAUUUUAAUGUUAAUUCAUUCAUUAUAAAAAGAAUUAUCACUUAAAGAGUAAAGUGUGAAGGGUUCGCCUUAAAGGAUGAGACAUUAAGCGCCAUCUUGUAUUUAAUUAAAGAAGUAACAAAUGGAUUCCCGAAUUUCCCCUAAUUGUGAUACAAUGAGUUAUGGAGAUUUGCCAGGUUCAAAAGGCAUUUUUACAUUGAAAUUUUGAUGAGAUUAUUUGAAUUAUAUUCGUGAUAUUGUCAACGGGUUAUAUAGUAACCCCGCGAUCGUAAGCCUUGCCUGAAUGCUCUCUUUUAUUCGAUGAAAUUAUUAUUUACGGUUACCUAUUGCAGGAAGCAAGUAUUCAUUUAGUUUUAAGUUUGUAUUAAGAUAUUGUAAAUUUAUUGUUUCUUACGUAGACAUAGGUUUUUUUUUACACGCGUAUCUAAUUUAUUUUCGCCCAGAUUUCGGUCAGUAUUUGAAAUGGUUAGUAUUUCUGACAUCUGUCAUGUAGCGUUUAGGUAAGUAAUGUGUUGAAGCAAUAAUAUUGAAUCUCCCCUUAAUUAAGAUGCGGAUUAUCGCAUUUACGUAUUUACAAGGUAAAGAAUUUCUGGAGCAAUAAUGAUAAUUAUAAUGUACCAAGUUAGUAGUGAUACUUUUACAUUUUUAUUUUUCAUUUUACGUUGAUAUUUUUUCUAAAGCUAAACCAUAAGAAACCAGUAAAGUAAAAAAUAAAAGAAUACAUAUAUUAUUAAUAAAAUUAAAAACCAAACUGCAAGGCAUUAUGUUUACGAGAAUAACCUCAUAGUGGUCAGUUUUGUAAUCUUGAAGCAUUUAACUUACGUGUUAUCGGAAGUGGGCUGUUUUGUUCGUAUCUAUUUAUUAUUAUUUUUUUUUAUCACCGUCCUUUACUUAACUCUACUUAAUUUAGUUAUAAUUUAUUUAUUUUACGAUCAACCCCACGGGCCAGUAAAUAGAUCAGUCUAUGAGACAUUGUGAUAAUUUUAGCUAGACCAUGCUUCUUAUGUCUCUCCAAUGAUAUACGUAAUUUCGUUGCAGCUAUAUUUCAUAGUUUCGUACAUUUCACGUGCGACUUAUCGUAUUUAAAAGCUUUAAAAUUUUGAGAUUAUUUAUCCUUCGACGUUGGGAUUAUUGUUAGUUCUCGUAGUAAUACUAAGUAUCGCUCUUUCGUAAUCGUGAAUUGAAUGAUUCAUUGACAAUAAAUGUUUAUCAAAACGCUCUCUAACAGCUAUAAAGCUCUCUAUAUAUAUCAUGAUCAACAUUGAAAUUAUAAGUAUUCCGUGUUUUUUUUAUACAUAAUAUCUAUUAUAUAUUUAAAAGAAUUUAUGUUAAGCUUGAAUUAGAUUGUAGGAUAAUUUUAAAUGUAAAUUGAAAACAGUGGUAAUAUUAAUGAUGACAGCAGUUUUAAUUUCAAUCCACACUGCUGCUCGCAGUAGUGAUACAGUAUUAUUUUUUUAUUCAUUAUUUUAUUCUGUACAUUUGUGUUAGUAAUAGGCGGUUAGUUCUUUUAAAACGUCCCCAAUUAUUGCGUUGUAAUUUGAUUCGUUUUGUGAUUGUUUACGCGCAGCUUCUGUCGAUCUUCCAAUUGGUUAUUUAUUACUUAUUUUUAGGUUAAUUUACCGAUAUUGGUUUUACGUGUUGAUGAUAUAAUUAAGUUACUAACAUACCGGUUGUGUCGUGUGCGCUUACGAGCUAACAAGCAUGUGUUUGUGAUUACGUUUGUCCACUGUUAGGAUCGGGACGGUACAGGGUACCAGUUAUGCUUCGUGUUAUUAUAAUUUAUGCUGAAAUAUUGAAUUUUAAUUCAGUGCCGUAACAGUCUUUCGUUAUUUGGUGACGAUUAUCUAGGUUAUUUCAUUUUUGUAAUAUUAUUAUUUCCAUAAAAAGGUGACGUUUUGGCGUUUAAAACAUGUAAAUAAUGUCAUCUAACAGCAAUGUAUAAGCAUAAUAUCAUGUUUAUUUGCUAGCUCAAAUUUUCUAUCCUCGAAUAUUUUUAAUGGAGAUAAUUUUAGAGCGUCACUGCGCUAUAUGAACCUCUUCAAGUUGAUAUCCAAUUAACCACGUUGCAAACACAAAAGACUGAAAGCUGAACUCAAUUUCGUCUUCUGUUUAAUUUUUUUUUUUCCAUUUGAUGUAAAUCUUGAAAGUAUUGUAACCGAAAUGUGAUAUAAGUUGUAGAAUGUGUGUAUUUCCCGAAAAGCAAUAAAUUUGUGAUAAGUAGAAAUGGGCAUUGUUCGUACGUCUCGUUAGAGAGUACUCUGCAUAAUAUUAAAUAAUUGUCAAUUAAAAUAAUUCUCGUACUGCGAGAUUGGUCUAGCGACUUGUGGGAUAUAUCAUAUGUCUAACAACUAACAGUACUAAGGUUAUUAUAUGUACUUCUUUAACCUUAAAAGAGCAAGCACCAGCAAGUUGCGAGCCCGACCCCGCAGUACUGUUAAAUUCCAAGUCAAUGUGAAUCUAAUCAUAAGAUCUUCCGUGAUAGAUUUCAACUAUACUGUUAAACUAACAUUACCUUGUCUCAAAUUACGUAUUAAGAGGUAUUAUUAUAGUAUAAAUACUCUACUUUUUGAAUAAGCUUAUGGACCAUAAAGUUGUUUGAAAUCACGUUUAAUCGUAAGUUUCAGCAUAAAUUAUCGGUAUACUAUACCGUGAGAACAUUUCACCGGAAUACUCAUUGUGAAACAUUAAUUAUUGUUGUAUAGAUGAUAAAUAAUGUGACUUACGCAGGGAUGGAUACUUAAAUUAUUAAAAAUUUAACUGAUAUAUUGGCUAUGUAGUGAGUAGAAUAUUUUUUUACAAAUAAAUUAUAGCAGCUA